AUGGCCGUCAACAGCUGGAAAAUUCUCACCUAUGUCCAAAUUGCAUUCUACGUAAUAAUUGCAGCCGUGGAUAUCAUUCAAAAAAUUCAAGUAUUAAAGGCUCGCCGUAAUGCAGAGGGAUCCUUUGAAAAGGGUGUUUCUAGAAUUUUCAGAUCUUAUAUGAUAUAUGCAUCUCUUUUCAUCAUCUGUAAGGUCACUGGUGGUAUCUGUGGUGCUGUACUUUUCAGCUUAACUGACUUAAAUACCAAUCUUUUAAUCGCUACUUAUGUUUUUGAUUCUGUUUCGCUUGGGUUUUUAAUUAAAACACUUUUACCAAUAAUUGAGUUUAUCGUUGACAAGCGUUCUGAUAUCUUGAACGGCCUUGUUGGCCUUGACCCAGACGUUAAGUAUGGAGGUGAAGAAGUUGAACGUCCAAAGAAGGGUAGAUUUCACCCAUUCCGUAUCUUAACUCUUGUUUUGUUAGCUGCUGUCAUUUGUACAAUCGUUGCAUCAUCGUCAAUGUCAGAUGAUAUUUCAACUUACAGAGCUUGUCUUAAAGCAUCCGCAUUACUUUUCCUUUCGGUUGUCAUCAUUAUAAUAGGAUUUUUGGUCUACUUAAUCAUGUUUUUCAAGUCAGCAAAUUAUGCUCAUAGUGACAUUGUAAUUCAAUUAGCUUCCAUCAUGCUUAUUGCAACCCCAUUUUUAUUGGUAAGAUGUGUCUACUCCAUCUUGGCUGCGUUCAGUAAUACUAACCUUUUCGUCGGAAAGGCAAGCAAGUAUACUUUAUUCUAUGGUGACUACGUUUACUAUACCUUCUUGGCAUUUAUUGAAGAAUGUGUUGCCAUAAUAGUUAUUAUCUGUACCAUCUACUAUUUCUUACAAAAGGUAGAAUAUCUCAGAAAUUAA